CGGGCGGCAAAGCAGGGGGCGGCCGUAGGGGAAGGGGGGGGGGGUAAGAGCGGCCCGCUCCGCCAUGGCCGAGACGAUCGCGGACACCCGGCGUCUGAUCAGCAAGCCGCAGAACCUGAACGACGCCUACGGGCCGCCCAGCAACUUCCUGGAGAUCGACGUGGGCAACCCGCAGACCGUGGGGGUGGGCCGCGGCCGCUUCACCACCUACGAGAUCCGCGUCAAGACAAAUCUCCCUAUCUUCAAACUGAAAGAAUCUACAGUCAGAAGAAGGUACAGUGACUUUGAAUGGCUAAGGAAUGAACUAGAAAGAGAAAGCAAGGUUGUGGUACCACCUCUACCAGGAAAAGCUCUUCUUCGCCAGCUCCCCUUCCGAGGAGAUGAUGGCAUAUUUGAUGAUUCCUUUAUAGAGGAAAGGAAACAGGCUCUUGAGCAAUUCAUAAACAAGGUUGCGGGCCAUCCACUGGCACAGAAUGAGCGCUGUCUUCACAUGUUCUUACAAGAUGAAGUAAUAGACAAAAACUACACACCAUCCAAAAUAAGACAUACUUGAGUUUUUGAAAUAAUCCUUCCAAACAUUAGUGGUUCUUAUGCUUGGUUUUAAAAGGUUAUAGUUUGUCUUAGCAUGCAGAGGAUAAACAGACACAAAGUCUCCACUAACAUCAGUACACUGCUUGGUCUUUGCAUAUACUUUAUAGCACUAAAGAAUUCACUUGUAUUUUAGCUAAAUCCCUCUGAACCCCUGAUCUAAGAGUAUUAUACUAUGAGACCAUCCACCCCUUGCAGCAUCUUUCAGACCUUUCCACUCUUCCUUGCAAUGAUUUAACAAUGUUUACUGACUUGGCCUUACUUGAACUUGCACAGUUGUAGUGUCACGUGUUCACUUGUAUAUGACUAAACUGCUAUGCUUCCUGAGGUAGUCAUCUGUCCAAACUUCUGUAGAAAGACUGCUUUCUUUCUGAUACCCUGUGUGAGACACUUAUGCAAUUGUCUUCAAGCUUGUAAAACACUUUAUACUGAAGCAAUGAGGGAAUUAUCUUUAUAUUCUGUAAGGAAAAAAAAUCAAAUUUAUAUACUAAAAUAACUUGUCUAAAGUUUUGAAAUAAAACUGAAAAUGCACUUCACAUGUUUGUCACUCCUGACCUUAAGUGUGGGGUAUCUAAUGAUUUCUGAGGAGCAGGGACUUGCCUAAACUAAGUCAACUGGUGUUUCAGCAGUGCUGUGAUGCUCUUCUGCAGUGUAGUUUUGCCACUAACAGCCAUCACUAAAUAGUGUUUGAUGCUGGCACUCACUGAGAGUGUCACUCAACAUAAAAAGAUGAUAAAGGUUGCUCUGGUGUUGUGGACCCAAAGCUGCAACCCCACACAUGGUUGGCAGUCAGCAGCUUCAAUAAGUUGGGAGAAGGGUACCCCUCUACUUGGUAUGAGAAGCCUCAAUCUAGCUUCAAUUAUUACACGGAAAUUAUAGCAUCUUACGGAGACAGGAAUGCUGCCUAUGUUCUGUAAUAGAACUUUAAGUCCUAUAGCUGAACGUUAAAGUAGUAUAAAUGUUAUCGGGGAUAUGAAGUCAUGCAAGCCUGCUAUAAAAUGUAAUCACAGAUCACUUCCCUGGAUGUUAAGGGGAGGCUUGUAUGCCCGCCCACAGGUUGAAUGCAGGCUGUGGAGUCCUGAACUCAUGUUCACAAGCAAUAUUGCUGAAGUAUUCUUUCUCCUGAGGUGCUUGUAGGGCUGGAGAAGCUUUUUUCAGAGAACCAAAAUUUGAUGAGGGAGUUACCAGUUCAAGAACACUAAUAGCAAUCUGAUCCAGCGUGCUGUGCUCUCCAUAACAGUGCAUGUUCUAAGCAACUUCAGUGCAUGUUGGCUUAGGCUUGGCUCUGCUACUGCUUUGUCCUGUUAUACGUAUAUAUAUUCCUUCCUAUCACUGUGUAGACAACAUGCUAGAAACUCGCAAAGUUACUAGUUUUCUUUAAAAUAAGACCGUUAAUCUCAUUUUAAACUUCCCCUGUGUCAUUUGUAUGGAAUUCUGGAUGUGAAAGUUUGAACUGACGAACACUGGUGGGCUGACUGGAUUACAUGUGGUGUUAAUGAAGCGUUCUAUCUUGUGGCUGCAAUAAAACAAGAAUUCGUUUCUCAAUUUA